GGAAAAUGAGAGGGAAGGAGGAGGAGUAGCAGUAGCAAAAGUUUCUGGACGCAGCCUUCUAGUCUAAAGGAAGAGUUUUAGACUUUACGGUGGGUAAUUUUGCGGGACCUGGCAACCCGGUCACAUUUGGCUCCGGUAUCACCUGUAUUCCCUCUCCAGAGCAGGUGUGGCGCUGUAGCUGUAAACAGACAGAAGGUCUGUGUUUGAGCAGCAGUGCAGAUCUCCGUGUUCAGAAGCUGCUUAACUGCUGAAGAAAUGAACUACGUCCUGUUGCAAAUCUUUUCCUCCUGCUGCUGGUAGUGUACACACUCUUCCUGAGAUCAAAUUUGCCUUCAACAACACAUGCACUCAGGAUGUUGCAGAGAAUUUUUUGAACUGUUGAACGAUAUUAAAAUAAGAGAAUGGUGCCCACAUGAAUCGCCAGUAUUCUGCAAACAUCUUCCACUAUGUCCCACGUGACCACAUCUCAAACACAAGAAGCCCACCCUUCCUUAGAGUUUGAGAGCAGUUGUGGAGACGUAGGAACUCCUAAAAUACCCCAGCAUGUUCGCAAUCCAGAUAAACGGUUUUCCUGUUCAGAGUGUGGAAAGGGUUUUACUCAGGAGAGUAAUCUCCUCGUACACCUGCGCAUUCACACUGAAGAGAAACCGUAUUCCUGUUCAGAGUGUGGAAAACGUUUCAAUCAGGAGGGUAAUCUCCAACGUCACUAUCGCAUUCACACUGCGGAGAAACCGUUUUCCUGUUCGGAGUGUGGGAAGAGCUUUACGAGAAAGAGUAAUCUCCAACGGCACCAGUUCGCUCACACUGGAGAGAAGCCAUACGCCUGUUCAGAAUGUGGAAAGAGUUUUUCGAGACCGAUUUUACUCGAGGUACACCAGCGCGUUCACACUGGAGAGAAGCCGUAUGUCUGUUUAGAGUGUGGAAAGAGCUUCACGAGGCAGAUUCAUCUCCAAAUUCACCAGCGCGUUCACACCGGAGAGAAACCGUAUGUCUGUUCAGAGUGUGGAAAGAACUUUAGAGAACAAGGAACUCUCCGAAAGCACCAACGCAUUCACACUGGAGAGAAACCCUAUCACUGUUUAGACUGCGGAAAGAGUUUUAUUCAAGUGAGCACUUUCCAGCGACAUCAGCGCGUUCACACUGGAGAGAAACCGUUUUGUUGCUCAGAAUGUGGAAGGAGUUUUACUCGUUUCGGUACCCUCCAAAUACACCAGCGCAUUCACACGGGCGAUAGACCAUUUCAGUGUUUGGAGUGUGGGAAGAGUUUUACCUGUCAGCAAAAUCUCAUGUUACACAAUCGCAUUCACACUGGAGAGAAACCGUUUCACUGUUCAGAGUGUGGAAUGAGCUUCUCUUGUAGGGGUAGUCUGACCCAUCACCUCCGCGUUCAUACAGGAGAGAAACCUCACAACUGCUCUGAAUGUGGGAGGAGUUUCUCUUAUAAGAGUUCUCUCCAACGACACCAGCUCGUUCACACUGGAGAGAAACCGUAUCACUGCUCAGGGUGUCAGAAAGAGUGUGGAAAGAGUUUUACUCAAAAGAGUUCUCUUCAUGAUCACUGGCGUAUUCACACAGGAGAGAAGCCACAUCACUGUUUAGAGUGUGGAAAGAGUUUUACUCAGAAGAGUAAUCUCCAAAAUCACCAGAGAAUUCAUACAGGAGAAAAACCAUAUCCAUGUUCAGACUGUGGGAAGAGUUUUACUCAUCAGAGUAUUCUCCAAAUUCACCAGCGCAUUCACACUGGAGAGAAACCAUUUCCAUGUUCAGACUGUGGGAAGAGUUUUACCAGACAGAGUAAUCUCGACCAACACCGGCUCAUUCAUACAGGAGAGAAACCGUAUUCCUGUUCAGACUGUGGAAAGAGUUUUACCAGACAGAGUAAUCUGGAUCAACACAGACAUGUUCACACUGGUGAGAAACCGUAUUCUUGUUUGGACUGUGGAAAGAGUUUUACAAGACAAGGUAAUCUUGAUCAACACCGGCGCAUUCACGCUGGUGAGAAACCCUAUCAGUGCUCAGAGUGUGGAAAGAGUUUUACACAAAAUAGUUCCCUUCAUGAACACCAGCGCAUUCACACUGGAGAGAAACCGUAUUACUGUUUAGAGUGUGGGAAAAGCUUCACUCAAAAUAGUUCUUUUCAUGAACACCUGCGCAUUCACACCGGAGAGAAACCGUAUCGCUGCUCGGACUGUGGAAAGAGUUUUAUUCAAAUAAUUCAUCUCCAACGACACCAGCGUGUUCACACAGGAGUUAAACCAUAUUACUGCUCAGAAUGUGGAAGGAGUUUUACUCAUAAGGGAAGUCUGCUAAAACACCAGUGCAUCCAUACAGGAGAGAAACUGUUUCACUGCUCAGAAUGUGAGAAAAGUUUCAGAUACCCAAGUAGUUUGAAGAAACAUGAAUGUAGCAGUGGUACAGAUGGCAUGUGAUGUGAUAUGGUAAAUGUAAUGCAAAGUAAGACAGUCAUUGUCUUUAGGAGGGAAAUACCUCCUGUUGUUUCUAAAGAAUAAGAAUAAAAGCAGUAUGAUGCCAAUAUAUGAAUGCAUUCAUCAGAUCUAAGUUUUAACAGUGAAAUGGGUAGUAUUUGAUCACUGUCAUUAUCAUUUUUCAUUAUAAAAAGCUCAAAAUGUCCAUGAUGAUGAUUGUAUUAAGACAAUGUGAAAGCAUCCAUUGUUGACUUGUAUCUUUUUGCACUUUGAUACCAUAUCUGCAGCCUGCCCAUUUGUUGUAAACUGGCUGUAAAUUUAGAAAAUAUAGAAAUAUAACAGAAAUAAUUUAUUAUAAGUUACGUUAUAAUUGUUAUUCACUGGGAAAUUCUGAUUUUGGGCUAGUAUUUUCUUUCCCUGUGUUUGACAUCUCUUUUGUCAACGUAACAAAAUAUAUUUAUAUAUUGCUUGAUGAGUUUCCAGAAUUUGCCUGGAAUCGGAUCAAGACCACCUGGUCUAGGUGCGAUUUCUGUUUUGCACCUGCUGAAACGAACUGCACCAAGACUGCAAACGAACCAGAUUCCCAGUUUAAACAGGCCAAAAAUCACAGGUGUGGAAACAACAUUAAGGCUUCUGCAUGCUUCCACCAAAACGAAGUUUGUGAGCAUUGCAUAAAAUCGAGGGGGCUUUUGACCUUGCAUAGAACAGAAUAUCAGGUAUUGUGAUGAUGUAAAAAAUAACAUUGCAUGUUGAAUGGUAUACUCUAUGCUCUGUUUCUGUUUGGUGCACUCUGAACCCAUUAAUUGCUCAAAUUAAACACGUGUUCAAACUAGCAGGUUACAGCGAUUCAUAGCUGGGAUUUAGCGACAAGCCACCAGCGACACGUUAUCAGAGCAACAAGCGUCAAAUCGAGUUAAAUAUUCUAAGCUGAUUGGUCAAAUAAAAAAGAGACUGUUGCCUGCCAGUGUAAACAGGUAUCUGCACAAAUUGUUCUUACAUACUCAUGUUUGAGUGUACUGCCAAUGAACUGAAUGAUGUUAGUGUAGGAGUGAGUGUGUUUGGGGGAAAGAAUAUGGGUUGGUCCAUCAGUCUGGUUGAUGCUUACCUGUGGACGCACCACCUGGAAUCUUCUCGAACGAGCUAUUCAUACCAUAACUGUUUGGGCUUCCUGGUUAGAAUAGGCAUGAGUGAUGUUUCAUCCCUUUAUUGGUGAAGGACUUUUUUAAUUUAUCUGCUGCCUAUGCUGUAAAUAAAGCCAUGUGUCAAACCUU